UGAGAUCGGUUGGAUUAUAAACUUUAACGAGGAGAAAUGACAAACGCACUGGAAACGACCCGGCGCGACUCCCCUCCUUCACACGCUGCUGCAGAUGCAGUGAGGAUGAGGAGAAGAAAGGCUCAGUGGCUGGUUUCAGGCAUGUUAAGUCUGUCUUUGCUCAUUGUAGUGAUGGGUAUCUACACCAGCACACGCACUGUGAGCGUCAGCAUCACAGGAUACAUGUCAGGAAUUAUUUUGGCAUUUGGCUCAUUCUUGGGAGUUCUUGGACUAUGCCUGGAGGAAAACCGCAAGCAGCUGCUGAUUGCAGCCAUUGUGUUCCUGAGUUUUGGUAUAAUUUCCAGUUUCCUGUGUCUUGUGGUUGAUGGCAUUUUCAUCCUGCUCAACAUUGAUAUGCGUCCAAUGAGGGCAGGAAGAUGUCAGUUCUACACCAGUGGAAAUAGUUACAUCUAUGAGAACUACUACGCUACAGUUCCCUGUCAAGGACUAACAGAGUCAUGUAAUAUAAAGGUUCGGAGUGGAACGUGUUACUGUUGUGAUUUGUAUGAUUGCGCCAAUGGAGGAUAUCUGAACAAUUACUAUGAGUUUGUUGGUGUGCAGAGCUGUCAGGAGGUCCUUUCUCUGUAUGUUCUCCUCUGGGUCCUGACCACACUUAACCUGCUGGCCUUCGUGUGUGGAAUCCUGACCACUGCUGUACUGGGCAGUAUCAAAGACAUGAAGAGUGGGGUGGUCGGUCUUGAUGUGUCCCAGCUGGGAGGUUCAUCUCUAUUCUCUUUUGAUGGAGCCAGCUGUUCUUCCCCCACCGCACCCCUGCUAACGGACCCAAACUCACACGCAGGACACCAGCUCUACCCGAGGGCGUCGCUUUAUGUUUCUCCAGCAGCACCUGCUAGUGCAUCUCCAGGAGGAUCAUCAGAUACAUCCCACGCACAGCCCAACCCUCCUCCCUUUGCCCCCCUUUACAACCUGCUACCCUACAAGACCUCCAGCUUCUCAGCUUAGAACAUCUGAAUCCAAACC